AGAAAGUACGAGGGAAGAGGGGAGAAUAUAGAAACUUUACAGGCUUGGGUUUGCGAAUUCAAUUCCCAGAUUUGAUUUUGGUGAGAAAUAACAAGAAAGAGAGAGACGCUAACGUCGGGAAGCAAAAAUGUAUUCGAAAUUUUCAUUUCUUCCUUUUCUUCUCCUUCUCUUCACCUUCUCUGCUUCACUUCACGCCCAAUCGCAGAAUACAGACAGAGUUGGUGGGGAUGAAGAAAUCGAGAUAGGGUUUGGGCGCAGAGCUCUGUUGAGUUUCAAAGAGACUCCACAGGGAAGUAACGUUACCUUUGAAUGCUCUCGUUCUGGCCCCUGCGUUGCCUGCCUUUACUCAGAAAAGAAUGAUGAAAAAUAUCGCUGCAGUGAGACUGGUUACCGUAUUCCCCUGAAAUGUGUGGAAAUCAAAGACACUUCAAAAGUUUCCAAUGGGAAAAAAUCACACAAUGGUCGCUCAAUGCUCGACAUAUCUUAUGAGCACAAGGUUGUCCCUGAUGAUGCCAGUGGAAAUGCUUCAUCCAUUGCACACAGAAAUCUAAGAGAUGGUUCUGUCUCAUCGACUGAUGGUUCUCAGUCUUACAUCACUUACAGAAGCUGUAUACCAUCAGUUAAUGAAGAAAAGUUGUCUGUGCUUGGUUUUGAGGGCAUUGUGCUAUGUUUGCUGCUCAUAAGUGGUUCGGUUGUCUACUUCAGAAGAAAACGAAGCGUUUCAACGGCUGGUUUUGCUUCUGGCAGGGUGCAAUCAAAUUCCAGGUUUUAGUUCACUCCGGAGUCUUUUUUGUUACAAUUGUUCACGUGGCGUAAAUGUAUUAUCGAUGAAUACUACACAUUGAAGUUAUAGAUGAAUCAACAGCUAGGCAUCGGAUGGUUGCAUAUACUUAUCUCCCAGUCUCCCUGUUCCAUUGAUUUCAUUUAUUUCGAAACAAAUGUUACUCACAUAGAAUUUGACUGGUUGUAAGUUCAUUGCUUUCUUUUGGUUAUUGAAAUGGGGAAGCUACUCACAUAGAAUAGUAUUGGUUCAUUGGCAAAA